GAUAAGUACACUGUGAAAGAUUUGAUGCAGCUGCUGGAAAACAAUGCGAACAGAAUGUCUGCUAAGGAGAAACUUUCUCUUGGAGCUGCUAUAUUGACUCAUGGGAUUAUAAUCGCCUUGAAUCCAACGAUAAAAGUGCCGCGAGAGAGUCUGCAAAUGUUUUCGAAUUUAGAUAGUUACUCUGUGAGACCUUGGGGGAAGAUGGGAUACGAUGUCCUAUCUGCUAGUAUACGGAGGAUGAAAUCAAAAACAUUUGCAAAACCUAUGUAUGAAGUGCAAGGAUUCGUAUGGGCAAUCACGUUGUGGGCUUUGUCGGCUGUGCCUGCACUAGGUACUACAUUUGGGAGUCGAUUUAAUUCAAGCUCGUCUGCAGGCCCGUUGUGUUUACAGUGGAAAGCCACUCGGACUCCUAAUAUUUCAGAAGUUUUGGAUGUGCACAAUCAACGGGAUGUUUUAGUCAAUACUGUUAUUGGGGAUCCACAUGAAUAUAAGAAUCUGGUUCCACCGACAAAUCCCAUUGACAAAGACUUUACAACGGUGGUGCAACUUGUAAUGCAAGGCUAUAGGUUAAGCAGAUCCGAGUGGAUAGAGGGAAAAGUAGAUGGUGUUUUAGCAUCUGAACAAAUACGGAAAAAACAUAACAGAUGA